CAACCAAGGAGCUGAUAGAUUAAUUUAACUUUUUUUUUGGGGGGUAAGAAUAGACUAAUUUAACUAAAUCCAAAGAAUAAAGCACCAUUAGUACAUAUUUUAUUCACUAAUGGCACAACUUUACAUAAUAAUCAAAGAUUCCCAUCAAUUUUAAACAAAACCCUGUUGCAUUCACCAUCCCAUAUGCACUUUCACCGGUGGGAUUCCAUGUACUGACGACCUUAAGAACGCUGGUUUUUGCACAACCCCACAAACCACCAAGAAAUGGCCGCCCAAACUCACUUGUUUCAUCCACUCCACUCCUUAUCUCUGCCACUGAAAACCCGAUCUAAAUCACCUGACUUUAAACCCAAGCUAAAACCCUCCACAUUCAUCGUCUCCAGCAAGCUCCGGGCAGCGGUGGUAGGAGGAGGUCCAGCUGGAUCCUCUGCAGCUGAAGCACUUGCUGCUGGUGGCAUAGAGACCUUCCUCUUCGAACGCAGCCCCUCUACUGCCAAACCCUGUGGUGGAGCAAUCCCACUUUGUAUGCUAGAUGAGUUCUCCAUCCCUCCUCACCUCAUUGAUCGGAAAGUCACCCGCAUGAAGAUAAUAUCUCCGUCUAAUCUGGCCGUUGAUUUUGGUAAAACUCUGAAGCCCCAUGAGUUCAUCUCCAUGCUCCGCCGAGAAGUGCUUGAUGACUUCCUACGCCGCCGUGCUGAGUCUUGUGGCGCCGCACUUAUCAAAGGACUUGUCACAAAUGUGGAGGUUCCCCUAACAAGCAGCUCUUCAUAUGUUAUUCACUAUAAUAAGAAUAAUUCACAGAAAUCUCUUGCUGUUGAUGUUGUUAUUGGUGCUGAUGGAGCCAACAGUAAGGUGGCUAAGGCCAUAAAAGCAGGAGAUUACACUUGUGCUAUUGCUUUUCAAGAAAGGAUUAAGUUGCCUGAGGAGAAAAUGGAAUAUUAUGAAAAUUUGGCUGAAAUGUAUGUCGGAAAUGAUGUUUCACCUGAUUUUUAUGCGUGGGUUUUCCCCAAGUGCGAUCAUGUGGCAGUGGGAACGGGGACAGUAUGCUCAAAGAAGGAUAUCAAGAUGUUUCAACAUGGCAUAAGAGCAAGAGUUAGGCCAAAAACUCAUGGCGGUCAAGUAAUUAAAGUUGAGGCUCAUCCAAUCCCUGAGCAUCCACGUCCAGUUAGAGUCAGGGGACGAGUGGCUCUGGUGGGGGAUGCAGCAGGAUAUGUGACGAAAUGUUCUGGUGAGGGAAUUUACUUUGCUGCCAAGAGUGGAAGGAUGUGCGGGGAAGCAAUUGUCAAGGCAUCAGAGGGAGGUGAAAGAAUGAUUAGUGAAGAAGAUUUAAAGAGGGAGUAUUUGAAGAAAUGGGAUGAGAAGUAUUUAACUACAUUCAGGUUUUUGGAUUUGUUGCAAAGGGUGUUUUAUGGUAGCAAUGCUGCUAGGGAGGCAUUAGUGGAGUUGUGUGGGGAUGAAUACGUGCAGAGGAUGACAUUUGAGAGCUAUCUGUAUAAGAAGUUGGCCCGGGGGAAUGGAUGGGAUGACAUUAAGAUGGUCAUGAAUACAAUUGGGAGUCUAAUUAGGUGUGAUAUUGUAGGCAGAGGGAUUGAAAUGUUUGACAAACGAGUUCUUGCACAGUUGUAGUGUAUCAGGGAACUAGUUAAAAUGAAAGAGAAUCAAAUGAAACUUCAUCAGUACUUCCCAGAGAAGUACAGAUCCAGGAAGUUUUAGCUUUAAAUCACCUAAAAACCUUUUGGUAUGAACAAAUGGUUGUACUAUUACUCUA